UAUCUCACAUUUAUGUACAAAAACACAUUCUUAUUCUGACUCAUGUUUGGUCCUUCCAACAAAUCCAGGGGAAGGAUAAAUGAGGCAUGUUACAGGUGAGGGGACACUCACCGAGAAAAAGUGACUAUGGCAGGUGGAGCUGAGACUAGAACUGAGUCCUCGCACCUUGCAGCUCCCCACUUUUCUCAUGCCCUCCUGUCUCUUUGGGCUCCCUGCCUCACGGGCACUACCACUUAGAGCAGGCAGCCCAUUACAUUAUCUGGGAUGUGUUUUUCAGGCAUCAUCCCCAAAUUCAGCCCAGGACGCUCUCAUGUAUCUUCACACACAGAGUGACAUCUAGCCAGAGGCUCACAACCCGGACAACAACAACCUCUCUCUGGCUCUACCUCUCUCUAUAACUGUGUCUUUCAAAUAAAUAAAGUAAAUCUUAACAAAAAGAGAGGGAGAGAGAUGGUAUGUGACUUCUGAAGUUAGUUGGAAAGGGCACUGCCGUAUCUGCCAGGUGCUCUUGAAACUCUUCCUAAGGGAAGCCAGCUGCUGUGUUGUGAGCACCCAAGUGGCCCUGUGGAAAGCUCCCACCAAAAAGAACCGAGGCCUCCCACUGACAACCAGCACUACUAACCAGUGUGAGUAUUCCUUCUUAGAGGCGGACCCUCCAGGAGCUGGCGUUCACCCCAGCGGUUAGGUGCUGAGCGUGAUGUCUGCCUGCCAUGCUGGAAUGCCUGGGUCAGAGUCCCUGGAUCCACUCUGAAUUCCAGCUUCCUGCUAAUGUGCACCUCUGGGAGGCAGAAAGUGAUGUCUCAAGUACUCGGAUUCCUGCCACCCACAUGGGAGACUUGGUUUGUGUUCUUAGCUCCUGGCUUCAGCCUGGAAUUUGGGGAGGGAACUGCCAGAUGAGAAGUCACUCCGUUGCCAACUUUCAGGGAAGAGAAAAAAAAAAAAAAAAAACAGAGAAAGUAGAAACAAGCGGCUUCUUCAGUACCAGACAAACCUGCAGAGACUGUGUCCCGGCUGACAUCUGACCUACCCUCUUGAGAAAUAUCACGCAACAAGAACCCAGCGAAGUGCCCCCAAAUUCUCGACUCACAUACACUUCAAGAAAUAAUGUUCAUGCUGGGUUCAGCCACUGAGUUUUGGGAAAAUUUGUUCCACAGCAAUCCAUAACUGCAUGUCUUUCCAAGCUGCGCCAUAUGGGCUAUGGGUGAUGUCAAUACAAUAAAGAAUGUUAGGGGCUUCAAGGAACAGGUUGAGUGGAUUUUGUUUUCUUUUCAUCAAGGAGAUUGAAUUUCAAGCCAGCGUUGGAAAACUUUGUACAAUAUAACUUUUGAAAUGCCUUUUCGUCUUAAUGCUUUUCUUACUGACCUGUGGCCCCAGCGCCUCUGCAGCUUGAACUGGAGUACAGGCACCAAUCAGUCACCGCAGGCACAGCCCUUCAGGCCCCGUAGUCAGGGUCAUCUUUAAUUCUUUCGGAUCUCUAGGUCACUGUGUCACCUGCUCUUUCAGAAAGCCGGGGCAAGGGAGAAAUAACAAAAGAAACUAAUCAGGAAGGGAGGGAGUUAGGGACCUUACUGGAGGUUGGGAGUAGAAACCUGAAGAUCAUUUGAAGCCCCCUGGGAGCCUGUCCGGAUACCUUUCUCCGAUGUCCCCGCCCGCUGAAGUUCCCUGCUAGAAAAACCCUCUCGCGCCCGCCCAGUGCAGGAGAGGAUCUCGGUGAAGCGGCGGCUCUCGUGUCUGCUCCGGGAGUUGGAGCCAGCACCGCACCAGCUCUUAGGCGUGCUUCCUCCGAGCCGGGGAGGCAAAGCGCUGACCCGGAGUCGACGCCCAAAGCGCGACGCCCUCACGCGGGGCCGUGGGGGAGAGGGAAGGGGGCGGGCGGGCGGCGCCCUUGGCCGGCGCCUCCAGCAUGGAGUGGGAGCUCAACUUGCUGCUCUACCUGGCGCUCUUCUUCUUCCUGCUCUUCCUACUUUUUCUCCUUCUCUUCGUGGUCAUCAAGCAGCUGAAGAAUUCCGUGGCCAGCACCGCCGGGGCGCUCCAGCCCGGGCGCCUCUCGCUACACCGCGAGCCUUGGGGCUUCUCUCACGAGCAAGCGGUGUGACCCGCCGCUCGAGCACCAGUCCCGGCCUUGAUUCUCCCUCCGUGCGGCCGUCCAGGUGCAGGGCUUGGCGGCGCUGGCAGGCUUCUGCUGUCUGGAGCCCAGCUGCUACGCUUGGCUGCUGCGCCUAGGACCCUGGCUGCAGUCACAGCCCGCGGAUGCUGCAAGAAGGCCACGACAGUGGGAGAUGCGAGCUUCUGACCAAGGAUGGAAAUCUCAGUUUCCAGUUGGGAAUCAAAAUGGAUUGCUAUCUUGAUAACAGAGUAGGAAGUUACUGGACUGAACAGCGGCUUAAGCAAAUUAGAGGUUUUGUUCUUUUCUCAUCAAACAGGGAGGUGGACAUAACAACUGCUGGGGUUGGCCUAGCUGUUCACAGAUGUCAGACUCUGAGUGUCUGGAAGCUCCCCUUGGCUUUUUCCUCUAGAUUCCAGGGUGGUCCUUGAAGCUCCCUACCAGAAGGAAGAAGCCCAAAGGGAAAACAAGACAUGCCAGUGUGAUUAUGCUUCCUUUCCAAGAGUGUUCUCAGCAGCCCAACAGCCUUUGCUUAGAUCUCAUUGGCCAGAAUACUGUCAUUGACUACUGCCAUCUGCAAGAUUGUCUGCGAAAUGUGGUUUAUGUAGCAGGACAUACAACUGCCUUUGACCAAAAUCCAAGUGCUCAUGAUAAGGAGGAAGAUGGUGGUGGAUUUUGGGUGGAUGAACAGCAGUUUGCGUCCUGGUUAGAAAAUACAGUGAUAGUAUCAUGAAACAGAUCGGCUUUGUAGCUCUUUCUCCACUGGCAAAACUCCAAUCAGUGCUGCUCAGUGAAACACGUACCAGAUUUUCUCGUGAAACACUUGACAGAUCUGACAUCUCUCUCUAUCAGUCUAUGCACCCUACAACAAGAUUUCCUACAGGAGGCCCUGGGAACCUGCAUACCUUCUUGUUGGACAUCAUCUCUUUAUGGAGGUUUGGUGUAGGGUAAACGUUGUUCCACUUUGUUGCUUCAUUUGUCUUCUCCUUAACCUUCUUGACAAUUCAAUUUUGGUGGAAUCUAGGUUUGGAUAUUUGAUUCUUGUAAAAGACCAGCCCUUUCCUAUAGAGGAAGGUAAUCUAUGCAAAGAAAGGCUAUGUUACUGCCUUCUGUGACUCCACCACCAACCCAGGAAUAUCCUGGGAGGAGAAUUGCCUCUCAAAGCUGCUUCCACAAGCAGCCUACAUCCUGGCUAAGCAAAGGCAGAAGAAACACUUCCCACAUCUAGAGCUAUCCAAAAGAAAUUUCUGUGAUGGUAGAAAUUUUCUUUAUCUGCAGUAUGCAAUACAGUAGCUACUAGUCACAUGUGACUAGUGAACCCUUGAAAUGUAGCUAGUGUGGAAGUGAAACUUGAGUUUUAUUUAAUUUUAACUCAUUUGAGUUUAAGUAGCCACAUGAGGCAAGUGGCUAUUGUAUCAGAAAGUACAGUACUACAGUAUGCGUCCUUCUCCUUCUUGGGUUUUAGAACCAUUAGGAGAGAUAUGGACAAGUCACGUGCUUAAUUUCCUAUGGUCUUUGCUAGUCUACCUUAUUAUUGAACUUACCUCUUAGACAAACGGGAACAUUGAUAUCCAAGGUGUUAGCUUGAUAUCUAUCCAUAUAUACAUAACACUUUGCACAUAUUGCUGUAAUAAAUGGAAUAGUCUCCUGGGUAUAAGUUUUGUGAUUGAUUUUAGUGAUACACGUGCUCCUGUAUGUCAUAAAGGGUAAUAUCUGGAUAAACUCACAGUAAGUUGAAAAUAUCAUUAGUUACAAAUACAUUUUCUGCACUUACCUACUAUACAUCAUAGCACAGCAACACAGUACAACCGGAGUACAUGAUACAACCGGGGUUGUAUACCUUAUUGAUGGUGUGGUUGACUGUGCACAGGGCUACCUGGUGUCAUGAGAAAGCAUCAUAUCAACACAUUGCCAGCCAGGGGUAAGAUCAAAAUUUGAAAUUCAAAGUAUGGUUUUUACUGAAUGUGAAGCACUUUUGCACCCUCGUGAAAUGAAAAAAAUCAUACAUUGAAUCAUAAGUUGAAAGCUGCCUGUAGUUGAUAAUGGAAAAGUGGAGUGCUGGUUCAUGUCACCUUCCUAUGUCCAUUAUGUGUUCCCAUUCAGAGUGAUUUGGCAUGGAUGCUUUCAUUCUGUUGUGUGAUUGGUUCAUCCUGUAUUAUUGUAUUUUUGUAAGACUGUGGCUGCUAAAUAAUAACUGUGAGUAUGUUUUUCAAAAUAUUUAGUGAUUUAUAUUUUUGAAAGGCUAUGAAAUAAAAAGCAGUUAUAUGUAACUCAGGUGUGUGUGUGUGUGCUUUGGUGAACUAUUAUUACUCAAACUUUGGUAAGAGUUAGUGAAGAUAAGAUUAAUGUAUAGGAGGAAAUAUUUAUUUUUAUAUCAUACUUCAUUUUUAAUGGGAAAAUCUAUGUGCCAAUUAGCAGUAUCUUUUAAAGUCUAUUAAAUGAUUCUUCCAUUAGAUUCAGAAUUGGGGUAAAGUGUGAGGGUGUUAGUGGUAUUGGAUUAGCUCUCCUCUCAGGUAACUGGGUUUUCCACUCUGAGCGUCAUGUGAGCUUUGUUUCUAUACAAAUUCUCUUUUUUUCUUUUAAAGUUUUAUUUUAUUUACAUGAGAGACAGUGACAAAGAGGGAGACAGAGAGAGAAAAGAUCUUGCAUUCACUGAUUCAAUCCCCAAAUGGCUACAAUGGCAAGGACCGGGUCAGGCUGAAGCCAGGAGCCUGGAACUCCAUUUGGGUCUUGACCGUGGGUAGCAGGGGCCCAAGAUUUGGGCCAUCUCCUGAUGCCUUCCCAGAUGCAUUAGCAGGGAACUGGGUUGGAAACCAAGCAGCUAGGACUUGAACUUGAGCUCUGAUAUGGAAUGCUGGUGUGGCAGAUUGUGACUUAACCCACUGUGCCAUGACUUCAGUCCUGAAUUCCCUGUUCUGAGUUAUUUGUCUUUUAUUAUGGAGUUGUAGGAAUUCUGGCUAUCCCCUAGAUACCAUUUCUUUCUCAGAUAUAUACUUUGCAAGUAUUUUCUCCCAGUGUGUGGAUAGUUCAUUCAUUUUCUUAACAAUGUCUUUACCUUUGAAGCUUGAUUUAUCAACUUCUUUAUUUCGUGUUCAUGGUUUUCUGUAUCCUCAGUAAGAGGUUUUUACUUCCCAUAGGUCAUCAAAAAUAUUCUGCUGUGCUUUCUUCUAAACUAGCAGCUUUAUGGUUAACUUUUACUAGAUCUGUUAUACAUCUUGAAUUAAAUUUUAUGUACCACCUGGAAUAAAGAUAGAAGGUUUUAUGUAAUUUUUCCCCAUUUGUUGAGAAGACUUUCCGUUGGAUCACUUUGGCAUUUCUGUCAAAGUCAAAUGACUUUACAAGUGUGGAUCAAUUUCUAAGUUCUCUAUUCUGUUCCAGAGGGAUAGAGGGCGUCUUUAUGCCAUUCCCACACUGUCCUGGUGAGUGUAGUUUUAUAUCAAGUCUUAUAAGAUGCUAUGAAUCGAAACUUUUAUAAUAAACUAUUUUUUUGACAGGCAGAAUUAGAGAGAGAGAGAGAAACAGAGAGAAAGGUCUUUCUUCUGUUAGUUCACCCCCCCAAAUGGCCGCUAUGGCCAGCAUGCUGCGCCAAUCCAAAGCCAAGAGCCAGACGCUUCCUCCUGGUCUCCUAUGCGGGUUCAGGGCCCAAGGACUUGGGCCGUCCUCCACUGCCUUCCUGGGCCACAGCAGAGAGCUGGACUGGAAGAAGGGCAACCGGGACUGGUACCUGGCACCCCAACCAGGACUAGAACCCAGCGUGCCGGCACCGCAGGUGGAGGAUUAGCCAAGUGAGCCAUGGCGCCAGCCCCAUAGUAAACUCUUCAAAGACUGAGUCCACACUCACUGAGAAUUUUGGUAAUUUCAGCUGGAAAUGAUUAAAUUCAACAAGAAAAUCUCAUUUCACAAGAUAUCUCUUUUAUUAGUGCUCUGUCCAUAGUCUGUGUCCAGAUUUGGGAUAUAAUAGCAUUUGGUCAGGAGGGACUAUUUCAUGUUCCUCCAUGACAAGGAGGAAAUGUCCUUUUCUGUUACUAAAGUUGGAGGAAAUCUCUACUUUUUAAAAGGGACAUGUUACUAGAAAGCUGAAGUGAUACAAAACAAAACAAAAACUGCAUGAGGCCCACUAAUCUCAGACUCUUUACCAGUGUGAGUCUAGCUACAGAUUGGACUGCCUGGCUCCAAGACUGGACAUUUUGACUAUUCCCCUUCAUCUCACUUGAGUGGAUGGAUACUGGAUCACGUUUUUCAGAAGUGUAUCUGAAAGUGGUUUGAUUGUCACCAAAUCAUGUCUUGAGCCUCAUUUUUACUUGCAUGCAGCUUCCUAAACAUACUGAUUCUUAUCCUUUACACAUCUUAGCUUGGAACUCAAGUCUUGUCCCAUAGUGGAAAAGUUAGGGGUCUCCUCCAUCACCCACUCUUGUAACCUCAUUUUGUCCUCAGAGUUAACUGCUGCAGCAGUUUGGUAGAUAUCUUCUGAUGGGAGGUUCUGUGCAUUUACCAUGCCUAGUUGCAUAGUCUCAUUUAUUUGAAUUUGCAAGUACAUAUGCAAAUUAUUUUUUUCUUUUUAAUAUGGAUGCCACUGAGCUAUAAUUGUUAUACAGCUUUCUUCUCUAAUACGUUGUUUUAUUUUACAAAAGAUGUCCACAGCAAUAUCUCCCAUAUUACAUGCUCUUGCAGUGUGACCUUGACAUUUUGACAAUUAGAAGUGAGGUCUCCAUCUUCUCCCCUUGCAUCUGGACAGGCUCACAAUAGAAUGAGGCACCAGUGACAAUGUAUGACAUAUGAGGCUGCAUCAGGAAAGGGAAUGCGUUUCUUCACGGUUGGGUGGAAUACUCAUCAUGGAAGACUGUUAAGAUCCUGAGGCUGUUUUCAUUCCUCUGAGGAAGUCUAGGCAGAGGAAAAGGCCUCAUGGAGGUACUCAGCUAGGAGCCCCAGUGGAGGCCAGAGCUGGCAGAGCCCACCUCCAGCUGAGGAGUUGUCCUAGACCCAGGUCCAGACAUAGUGAAGCCAUGAAGCUAGUCUCACUUUGGCCUCUCUGAAUCCAGGUUUUUGUUUUGUCACUAAAUUUGAGAUUGUUUGUUAUAACAAUAGUAACUGGAGUAUAUGUCCCUAAAAGUAAUGAUAAAAGAAUCAUUUUUAUUAAACUAUUGUAAAGUGCCCUCAGGCAUUUAUUUAACAAGUGUAUAUUCUUGAUGGGCACUAAGUUUAUUGUCUUUUUUUACGAGUUGUAUUCAUAGAAGUAUUAUUGCUGGUUUAGAAAGCUCAAGAACUGGUAGAUGCCAACAAUCUUUUUCCUAAAUGACUAUGUUAGUAUUUAUCCAUCUGUCAGUAUAUAACCAUCCUCUUCCCUGCACCUAAGUUUUGGAAAUUAUGAAGAAAGCUGCUGUAAACCUUCUCAUGCAGGUUUUUGUACAGAUAGAAUUGUUUGACUCAUUUGGGUAAAAAACAAGAGUAUGAUUGCUGAAUCAUAUGGUAAGAGGAUGUUUAGUUUUUUUUCAAUGUAUUCUUUCUCACACUUAAAGUGAUUAUUAAUUUAAAAAAAAACUUUAAUUUUAUUUUUGAAACA